GCUGAGACAGUAAUAAUGAAGUCAGUGACUGAGGGAGAUUCUGUCACUCUAAACACUGAUGUUACUGAACUACAGAAAACUGAUCAGAUACUGUGGAUGUUUGGAUCUCAAGAGACUCGUAUAGCUGAAAUCCAUAAGCUGAACAUUGAUAUGUAUGACAGUGACGAGACAUUUGGAGACAGACUGAAGAUGGACAGUCAAACUGGAUCUCUGACCAUCAGAAACAUCAGAACUGAACACUCUGGAGUUUACAAACUACAGAUCAUCAGCAAGACCACCUCCUUCAAGAGAUUCAAUGUUACUGUUUAUGCUCCUCUGCCUGUUCCUGUCAUCACCAGUAGCUGCUCUUCAUCAACAUCAUCAGUGUUCAAAUGUUCAUUGCUGUGUUCAGUGUUGAAUGUGAGUGAUGUGAGUCUCUCCUGGUACAAAGGAAACAGUUUAUUGUCCAGCAUCAGUGUGUCUGAUCUCAGCAUCAGUCUCUCUCUACCUCUGGAGGUGGAAUAUCAGGAUAAAAACACCUACAGCUGUGUGAUCAACAAUCCCAUCAGCAACCAGACCACACAUCUGGACAUCGGUCAACUCUGUCAGCCAUGCACAGACUGUAUCCACUGCUGUGGCGUUACUGAAGCUGUGAUCCGAUUGGCUCUGUCUGGUGGGUGUGGCUACUGUUGGUGUGCUGGUUUAUGACAUCAGAUCCAGAAGUCUUCAACAGAAGAGACAGCAGAUGUCACAAUCAAGCAAUGAAUAAUCAGAUUCUCAGAAAUGUAGAGAUGAUUUGAACCAAUGGAG